AUGAACACCACCUCUACUGCCCCCAGUCGUGAUCACUCUCCCUCUGUCACUAAUCCAAGCGACAGAUCCACCAGAUCCACCCAAGACAGAAACGAAAAAAUCAAAAUCAAGUUGAGAAUGCAAGACAACUCUUUGGAAUUAAUCUACCAAAUCAAAAUGCACACCAGAUUCAAGAAGUUGUUUGACAACUACUGCACCAAAAACGAACUAGAUCCUGAAUCCAUCAGAUUCAUGUUCGAUGGAACUAGAGUGACUCCCAACGACUCCCCUUUGAAGUUCGAAAUGAUUGAUGGUGAUGUGAUUGAAGUUCCAAAUAAUUAUCAACUCUCUUCUGAAUCCACAAAUAUCACCAGAUUAUCUUUAUUCGAAUCUUUCUUAGAGAUGUCCUCUUCUUCUUCACCCUCUUCUUCUUCACCUCCUUCAUCCACUCCAUCGACACAAUUUUCAGAAAUCUCUUCAUCCAAAAAUCAACCCCCAGUUUCUUCUACUACUACUACCACCAUUCUUUCUUCCAAAAUUACCUCUGAUAUCAGAGAUAUCAAUAAAAAACUACCUACUAAUGACAAAAAUACUUUUGUUAUCCCAUCAUCAAGGUAUGGUAUCAAUGCUGUCCAAAUAAACUCAGCUAGAGAGAUGUUUCUAAUGUCCACAAGAUCUCGCCAAAAUCCAAACAAAAUUAUGCCAAAUAAAUAUAAAAUAUCCAAUCCACCCUAUAAUAAUAAUAAUAAAAAUAAUAAUAAUAAUAAUAAUAAUAAUAAUGACACUGAUACCAAUACUAAUUUAUUUUCUUCUUAUCCAUCUUCGCCUCCACCUCCUCCUCUUGCACUUCCACUUUCACUUCCAUCCUCUAACUACAAUCAUACCCACAACUUUAACCAUGAACUCGAUAUUAAAAUCCCAAUUAACACCUCAAAUGUAAUGAUACCAGCAACUUCUCACGAUGGGCCUUGCAAUAACCCCAAAUGCUCCCAUUGUGGUGCUGUUAUAAUACCUGCCCCUGCUUCCUCCUUCCCAAUUAAAGACUCCCCUUCAAUAUCAAUCAAUAACUGGGAAGUCUUUACAACAAGAAAACCCAUUUUCAAUGCACAAGAAAUUGAUUACUACGAAAAAAAAUUAAACCUACCUCUUCCUGAAAUGAUCUUUGGCAAUAAUCACAUUAAAAUUAUCAAUUCUGCUAAAAAUUUUGAAAUCAACUUUAACACCAUAGAUGCCCUUGAUUUAGUGUUGAAAUAUGGUUGCGAUGAAAAAAAAUUACUAAAAGUUGCUCAUUCAGAUCAUUGGCGUUCUGUAAGAAAAAAUAACAAUAUUAAUAAUAACAACAACAAUAAUAACAAUUUAAAUACAUUUAAUUCCUCAAAUAUCUCGAAUUCCUCUGAUGAUGGUUUGACAAAAAUUUUAAAACCUUUUGAUUGGACUUAUACAACUCACUAUAAAGGCACUUUAAUCAAAAAUAACUGCAUUGAUGAUGAUAAUAAUAAGCCAAUAGAAUUUAAACCAACAAAUGAAAAAAUCCCUCUAAAUAAGUUAAAAAGAGAAGACCCCAUUUUAUUCUUUGAUGAAAUGAUUCUUUAUGAAGACGAAUUGGCCGAUAAUGGUAUAUCCAUUUUACAAAUCAAAAUUAGAGUGAUGGCAGAGAGACUAUUGCUAUUGUCAAGAUUCUUUCUCAGAGUCGAUAAUGUGAUUUUCAAAAUAAAAGAUACAAGAUUAUUUAUCGAAUUUAAUGAUAAUUUUGUUCUAAGAGAGUAUAAAGAACUAGAGGAUACAUAUGACAAUGUGUUACACAAAGCAAAACAGUAUAGCUCUUUUUAUUCCUCAAAUGAUCCAAGGGCUUUAUUAAGGGAUAGCAAUUGGGUUAGUGGUCGUUUAAAACAUAUCAAAACUGAAACAGAAGAAAUUAGAUUGUAA